AUGGCCGCUGCAUCGCAGAUCAACGCUCCGGCCGCCCUAACCAAGCUCUCGCCUGCUGCCGAAGUUGCAAGCACUCUCAACGACGGCAAGACACACCUCCUGCUUGCAGCCAGUGGCUCGGUAGCGACCAUCAAGCUUCCCCUCAUUGCAGCGGCGCUCGGCAAUGUGCCUAAUCUCUCCAUCCGCAUUCUGCUGACAGACAAUGCGGCGCGUUUUCUCGCCGGCCAGUCGGCCGAGCAGCCUCCAGUGGCACAGCUAGCAGCCAUGCCUCACGUCGCCUCAGUGCACCGGGACGCUGACGAGUGGAGUCCGCCCUGGGUGCGUGAUGCGCACAUCCUGCACAUUGAGCUGCGCCGCUGGGCCGACCUGUUGGUCAUCGCGCCCAUGUCGGCCAAUUUGCUGGCUAAGGUCACCAACGGCUUCUGUGAUUCGCUUCUCACGAGUGUCAUCCGCGCAUGGGACACAGAUCCGGCCGCCGGAAAACGUAUCCUCGUGGCACCGUCUAUGAACACGCUCAUGUGGACACAUCCGCUGACGGCACGCCAGCUAACCACGUUGCGAGACGCUUGGGGCACUGCUACGGCUGCUGCUACGGCUGGAGACGGGGCCACCAUCAACAGCGCUUCUGUGACCAGCUGGUUCGAAGUUCUCCUUCCACAGAGGUGCGUCAACCACUCCCCCCUCUUCGAUCUGUCGACGGCUAAACAAAACCACAGCAAGGCUUUGGCAUGUGGAGACGUUGGGCAAGGAGCUAUGGCCGACUGGCGAGAUAUUGUACAAAUUAUUCGAGACAGGCUCAGCCUCUCCUCCAGCAAAAAGGAGAAUUCUACAUGA